UCGAACUGAUAUGUUUCCUUGUUUUUAUAGUGGAUGCCUCUGUUAAGAGUUACCUAAUAGGAUGGGAAGAAUUUCAGAAAACCAAGUGGCUGAUGGCAUAUAUUGUGGUGCUCAUUGUGUCCCUUGUGGACUGGACUGCCUCAGUAUCUCUUUCCUGUGGCACGACUGUGAGAAUAAGACGAUUCCUCCGGCCUUUCUUUCUCCUUCAGAACUCUUCAAUGAUGAAAAAGACACUAAAAAGCAUCAAGAGUACUUUGACAGAAAUGGGAGGUGUUGGGCUGCUAUUAGUUCUUCACCUGUGUCUUUUUACCAUGUUUGGUAUGCUGCUGUUUGCUCGAACACAGGAUGGCCAACUGGACAAGGAAUGGAAGGGAUAUUUUCACAGUUUGUCAGAUUCAUGGACUACAUUGCUGGUACUGUUGACAACUGCAAAUAAUCCAGAUGCGAUGAUGGCUGCAUAUUCUAAGAAUCGAGCUUACUGCAUCUUCUUUAUACUCUUCAUUGUGAUUGGGAACUUGGUUCUGAUGAACCUGCUGACGGCGAUAACAUACAAUCAGUUUCGUGGCUAUCUUCUGAAAUCGGUGCAGACCUCAUUUUUCAGGAGACGUUUAGGAAUCCGGGCUGCAUUUGAAGUUCUUUGUUAUCUGAAAGAGACUGCUGUCAAUAACGAUGUUUUGUGUGUCCCAACUUGGACCCUUUUACAAGUAGUGCGGAAAGUAGAAAUGAAUUCCCACUGUAAGAAAGCAAUAAUUGAGCAUCCUCCAGCGCCAGAUUACGAGUCACCUUUUCUACAAAGAAUCCAGUCUGUCUUUGGUCACUGUUACUUUGAAUAUUUAGGAAAUGCUGUAGCUCUAGCAAACAUCAUCUCUGUUUGUGUGGUCUUGGUAAUAGAUGUGGAAAAGCCACCGGCUGUCCGGGAUGACUUCUUUUUAGGGGUUAUAAACUGUUUCUUCAUUCUCUGCUACCUGCUGGAAAUGUUAUUGAAAAUAUUGGCAUUGGGAUUAAAAAGAUACUUAUCUUACACAAGGAACAUCUUUGAUGGAGUUCUGACUGUAGUUCUGAUGGUUUUGGAAGUGUCAACAUUUGCUGUAUAUGGAUUUCCUCAUCCAGGCUGGAGACCCGAAAUGCAGGGCUUGUGGUCUCUGUGGGACAUGGUGCGUCUGGCAAACAUGCUGAUUGUGUUCAGAUUUCUGCGAAUCAUUGCCAACAUGGAGUUCAUGUCUGUAGUUGCCAGUACGCUGAUAGAUCUGGUGAGAAAUUUAAGAGCCUUUGCUGGGAUCUUGGUGGUGAUUUUCUAUAUAUUUGCAUUACUUGGCAUAGAGCUGUUCAAGGGGGCUGUUGUUCCUGUGGGCAAUAUCAGUGCUGUGAACAUGACAUCUGGUAACACCACCUUCCAGUGCGGCACUUUUGAACAACUGGAGUAUUGGCCAAACAACUUUGAUGACUUUGCUGCAGCAGUGGUGACUCUGUGGGAUGUGAUGAUUGUGAAUAACUGGCAUGUUUUCUUGGAUGCGUAUUCCAGGUUUACAUCUCCAUGGUCAAAAUUGUACUUUAUUGCCUGGUGGCUGAUUUCUUCCGUCAUGUGGGUCAAUCUGUUCAUUGCGUUACUCCUGGAGAACUUUAUUCACAAGUGGGAUCGUCGCAACAAUCCGGCGUCUCUCUCAAAAUUUGAAUACCAAAUGACAGUGGAACUCUUGUUUAGGGAUGUUUUGGAAGAACCUACAGAGGAAGAGCUGAUUGAAACCCUUUAUCAGCAUCCACAUAUGGAUCUACGUAGGUGAUCCCUUGGAGCAAACAGCAGUUGAUUUUUGCCACACCUGUGUGCAGGUUUUACAGCUGAAUGAAAGAGACUGCAGCUCUUUUU